GCUGUUGGAGAGCUUUGCAGCAGCCAACAAGCUGAGCCAGGCCUCCCGUGAUGCGCUGGAAUGCCUCGACCGACAGCAGGCAUUGCGCGUCAUGGGCUUCACCUCGGCCCUGCGUUUCCUGGCAGGCCCGGUCUACCGCGGGGAAGCUGAGCUCGAAGUCCGAACUCGUAUAUGGGCAGCACAGCAUGAGGCACCAAUGGAGGCAGUGCUCCCGCGUGGGGACAUCGAAGCCACGCGAGAUGGAACCAAGCGCGAUCGAAGCCGUAGCAGGCGAAGGGCCAGCGACUCGCUUCCCAAUUUGGCCCAGCAUGUCGAUGCCUUCAUCGAGCUCAACGACUUAGACGAGCGCGCCAGCACAGUCCUCCGAAAGCUUGAUGCAAAGACAGUGCUGCAAGUCAUGGGCCUGGCAGGUGUGGAGAAUUCCUUUCUCUUGCGAGGUGUCCGGGAGAAAUCCAAGGCAGUUCUGCAGCGACUGCGGAAGGUGCAGGAGGCCAACCAUGAUGCAGAUCUUUUCGCACAGCUCUCCAAGGUGAUGGAGGACUUCAUUACAGCGAACCACUUGGAUGAUGCUGCAGCGGAGUCCUUCCGAGGUCUGCCCCGCGGGGUAGCGCUGGAGGUCAUGGGCUUCACUGCUUCAGAGGGCGGCAGCAACACCUUCCUUAUCAAGGAGGCCGCUGACGCUUCGGAGGAGGUCCGCCGGCGCAUCGACGAGCGCGGCUCGAAGCGAGAUGCGAACGGC